CUUUGCGUUUGCGUGGUGUUCUAGAAUCGGCAACUUUGUCAGCAUAGCAGCCGUUGAUUGGCGUGCUUGUUAGGUACAGUAGAACGACUUGCAAGCAUCUGGGAAAGAAAUUACCAGAACCCCUCCCGGUAUGCCGAUGGAGAGGAAGGAUGGAGGAAAGAUACAAACGAAGAAAUGAGCAGGCUUGGCUGUAUGCGGUUUAGUCAUUUUAUAUUCCAUCGGCUUUGAUUUUUUUUUUAUGCCCAGAUCUGACAACUAACCGAUGGAUGAAAGCGGCGAGACAGGAGUAUACAAGACCUGUAGUAACUUUUUUAGUGCAAAAGGAGUUGCAUGAUCUUCAUUUUCUUUGACAAAGUAUAUGCAAAAAGAUGCUGGCACUUUAAACAGUUGUAUCUACGAGUCUUGUGACCGUCAGAAGACGUCUCUAAUACUACCUUGUAAUAAUAAGGGAAUAGAGGAGUGGUGACUUAAAAAUGAAGAACUCCGGCGAAGCGAAGCGUAGGCACACUGCUCUCCGGCGAGCAGCCAGCCGCCGGCGGAUCGGAUCCGGAUCUCGACCAGCACUGGCAUUGCCGCGACGGAGAUGCCGACCCCGAAGCAGCGGCUCCCCUGCUCGACCUUCGGCCGAGGCGGAGGAGGGAGGCGCGCCGCCUGCGGCUCCGCCGUGCUGCCACCCGUGGUGGUCCUCGUGUUCCUGUUCGUGGUCGCGCCUUCGCUCUUCUUCGUCGUGCGCAAUGGCGGUCGCGGCUACGGCCACGGCCACGUAGCCGUAGCCUCCGGUCCGAUUCGCGUUCCCUCCUCGAGAGCACCUGUUGCUUGUGCCGACGCGAGGUGUUCAAUUCUGCAUUGCCUUGUUCGAUGAGCGCCGAGAUUGGGUGGAGCUCGGUGGAAUCUGUCUAGGUUUUGGGAUUGAUGCGCUCUCCAGCCGUAGUUUGAUGCGACUUAGUUGGAUAAGGGGAUCAUCUGAGUAGUUUCAGAGCGGUUUAGGGCUUUUAUAUUUGUUACUGGCUGCGCUGUUGCUUGAUUUCCCGUUUGGAUGGAACCGUGUAUGUGGCUCUAAGGAAAUGAACCUAGUCACCCUAGGGAUUGCAGAAAUCAUUAUCCCCUGGCACUCAGAUAUUAUUGGAUUACAGGAAUUGUUGUCCCUUAUAUGUUGAUGUUUCUAGGUUGUAUAUAUAUGAUAUAUAAGUGGGUAGCGAUGGGUUAAUGUUAUGGAAAUUGAAGUGCAUGCAUACAAUAGUGACUAACAAAACUAUAAUGAAACUGUGUAAUAGGUGGUCAUAAGCAUUAAAAGCAUGCUGAACAAUAAUACAUGGCAUGGCCAUUGUUGGCCGAAAUGUAGUAUAUCUAUAUAAAACAAUGUAUUACUCCUCCUUUUCCAAAAUGUAUUUUGAUUUAGUUUGCUUCUUAGUCAAAGUUCUGUAACCUUGGCAAAGUUUAUAGAAAAACAUCAAAAUCGACGACAUUAAAUUAGUUUAUUUAAUGUCCUAGAUGUUAAUAUAUUUUUAUCUGAACUUCGUCAAACUUAAAGAUGUCUGACUUAGGACCAAACUAAAAUGAUAUAUAUUUUGGAACGAAGGGGGUAUAUUUUUUGUGAAUUUCAACAUUGCAUUAUCUGAAUGCAUUGUUUUACACCUGAAAUUGGUAAGCAUUGACAUAUUUUGUUUGUCUGCAGAUCCCAACGGUAAGAAUGAUGAUCAGGUAGUUACCAACCCUGAAAGGGUUUCGAUCGCUUAAUGAGCGUAGUUUUUGACGAUUCAUUUCAUCUUUCGAUUUGCCUUGCAGGAACCAACGGCAAUGAAGAACCUCAAAUCUUUUUUGCCUAAGGAGGAAUCACGCAUCGCCCUCUUGGAAAACUAAUGAUCUAGUCACUGAGAAGAGCAUGGAUGUCGAUGACAAGGCUAAAGCUGAAAUCAGUUUGCCAGAACAUGAUCUACCAACAAAUAGAUCACCCAAAGAUCCAGAUGAACAUCAAGCUGACAAUGCAGCAAAAGUAGCUCGAAGGAAACUUAGGGAGACAAGGCGCGAGAAGAGAGCAAUGGAUUUGGUUCAUAAAGAUGAUGAAGCACAUGUUAAGCAGGAGAAUGCCGCUAUUGAGCGAUCAAAAGCUGUCGAUUCUGCUGUGCUUGGAAAAUACAGCAUAUGGCGAAAAGAGAACGAGAAUUCAGAUUCUACAGUUAGGCUGAUGAGGGACCAAAUUAUUAUGGCUCGUGUCUAUUCUGCGCUUGCUAAAUCAAAGAACAAGAGUGAUCUAUAUCAAAAACUGCAGACCCGAAUCAAGGAAAGCCAGCGGGCUGUUGGAGAUGCUUCUGCUGAUGCUGGCCUGCAUCACAGCGCACCUGAGAAAAUCAUAGCGAUGGGUCAAGUUUUAUCAAAGGCUAGAGAAGAAGUUUAUAAUUGUAUGGCAAUCACUCAGAAACUAAGGGCUAUGCUUCAGUCAGCAGAUGAACAGGUCAGGUGCUUGAAGAAGCAGAGUACAUUUCUUAGCCAAUUGGCUGCAAAGACAAUUCCAAACAGCAUUCACUGCUUGUCUAUGCGUUUGACGAUUGAUUACUAUCUCCUCCUCCUUGAGGAACGAAAAUUUCCAAGGAGUGAAAAUUUAGAAAAUCCAAAUCUCUAUCACUAUGCACUUUUCUCAGAUAAUGUCUUGGCAGCUUCUGUUGUUGUGAACUCAACCAUCAUGAAUGCUAAGAAACCAGAGAAACAUGUUUUCCAUCUUGUGACUGACAAGUUAAACUUUGGAGCCAUGAACAUGUGGUUUCUGCUGAACCCACCUGGCAAGGCUACCAUCCAUGUUGAGAAUGUGGACGAAUUUAAGUGGUUGAACUCAUCAUACUGUCCUGUGUUGCGGCAACUUGAGUCUGCUGCCAUGAAAGAGUACUAUUUCAAAGCUGAUCGGCCCACCAGUCUCUCAGCAGGUUCUUCAAACCUAAAGUAUCGGAACCCCAAGUACCUCUCUAUGCUGAACCACUUGAGGUUCUAUCUCCCAGAGGUCUAUCCAAAGGUGGAUAAGAUACUCUUCCUCGACGAUGACAUAGUUGUGCAGAAAGAUUUGACAGGGUUGUGGGAUGUUAAUCUUAAUGGAAAGGUCAAUGGUGCUGUGGAAACCUGUGGGGAGAGUUUCCACCGUUUUGACAAGUAUCUCAAUUUUUCAAAUCCACACAUUGCUCGGAACUUUGAUCCAAAUGCAUGUGGCUGGGCUUAUGGGAUGAACAUCUUUGAUCUGAAGGAGUGGAAGAAGAAAGAUAUUACUGGGAUCUACCACAAAUGGCAAAAUAUGAAUGAAGGCAGAGUUCUUUGGAAGCUUGGGACACUUCCGCCUGGCCUCUUGACCUUCUACAAGUUGACGCACCCACUGGACAAGUCAUGGCAUGUUCUUGGACUAGGAUACAACCCAAGCGUAGACCGUUCAGAGAUAGACAGUGCUGCUGUUGUUCAUUACAAUGGGAACAUGAAGCCAUGGUUGGAGCUAGCAAUGACCAAAUACCGACCAUAUUGGACCAGGUAUAUCAAGUAUGAUCACCCUUACAUCCGUGGAUGCAACUUGAGGGAGUAGUAGAUAUAGUCGUGCUGAAACACUGACAGAUGAGGACGAGCCUGCUGGACAGAAGUGUUCCAUGUCCUUGCGGUGCGUUGUUUUACUGAGCAAACUGGUACUACCUGAAGCUCUUGGUUGGACAUAACGACAUAGUUGCUCAUGUGAGAGUAGACCAGACUUAGACACAAUCACACAAGAGGAUUCACUCACGUGGAAUACAUUUGCCCUACGUUGAAAUUGAUGCUACUUUGAAAACCA